AUGGCUUCGAUUGAGAAACGCGAAGACAUGAUCUCCAUCGCCCGGGACUUGUCUGGUGCCCCCAUGUGCGACGACUACGAGAAGAUGAUAUCCGGCAUGGUAUACAACCCGACUCUACCCCGCCUUGUGGAGGCGCGGCAUCAAUGUCGCAUUCUCACCAACGAUUACAACAAUUUCGAUCCACGGACCGUCCCAGCGGAGAAAAUCCAAGCCGUUCGAUUCGAGUUACUGCGGAAACUUGUCGGUCGCGUGGGCGAGGGGACUUUUGUUGAGCCGCCUUUUCGUCCGGAUUAUGGGUGCAAUGUUGUCAUUGGCCGGGAUUGUUUUAUCAAUUGGAACAUGACGAUCCUGGAUACCUCGUUGGUGAUUAUUGGCGAUCGGGUCCAGAUCGCUAGUGAUGUGGGCAUAUACUCUGCAACACAUGAGACUAGCGUGUUGUCCAGACGGAAAUUCGUGGAGUACGGACACCCGAUCGUCAUUGGUGAUGAUUGCUGGAUAGGUGGGAGUGUGGUCAUCCUUCCUGGUGUGACGAUUGGUGAAGGCUGCACCAUUGGUGCUGGAUCUGUAGUCACCAAGGACAUUCCUCCCUUCUCCGUGGCAGUGGGGAAUCCCUGCAAAGUCCGAAAAACUAUCCAGUCUGCAGAGGAGGAGGAGAAGGAUCCAAAUAAUCCUUAUAGAAAUAUGUCCCGUGAGCUGUGA